AGGUGGAAAGAGAUGGACCUUCCGCUCCUGCUUUGUUUCGUUUCCUUGUACUGUGAUGUUCAGUGAGGAGGGCAACCCAAAUCCAAUCAGAGGCCUUCGCCAAGAGCUAUAAUCUUCGAGGAGCACCCACGAUCGGUGGUCCUCCCUGUGCGUGUGGUGCAAGGCGGAGACUGCCGCAGAAAUUUGACUCAGACUGUGUUAGAGACCUUCUCUUUAGCUUCCGAAGAUUUUGCCCACUUCCAAGAAUGGGGUGCUUCAGCUACUUCAAAAAGAGAUACAUAUCUAUAAGGUCCGGGGUUUCGCCUCCCAUCCAGGGAACAACGCCCAUUUCCUCACAGAUGUCCAUAUCAAAAGAUGGCACGGGCAUGUCAGAGGAUUCAGCAGCUGUGGAACAGAUGAGCAAGUCCACUUUCUCUGCGUCCUCUCAGAAAAGCAUACCUGAGUUGUACGAGGAAAGAGGGGCACAUAACCUGCGUGUUUUUGAGCUCAAGGAGCUUAGAAAUGCAACAAACGACUUCAGUAGGCUGCUAAAGAUUGGUGAGGGUGGGUUCGGAAGCGUGUAUAAAGGCUAUGUCAAGCCUCCCAAUGGGAAGGGAGAUAGAACCAUAGUGGCCAUCAAGAAGCUUAAUCCACAAGGCAUGCAGGGUCACAAACAAUGGUUGACAGAAGUGCAGUUUUUAGGUAUUGUGGAACACACAAAUCUUGUUAAGCUUAUUGGAUAUUGUUCUGUGGAUGGUGAAAGAGGAGCACAAAGGAUGUUGGUCUACGAGUUCUUGCCUAACAAAACCCUAGAUGACCACUUAUUUAACAGAGCUUAUCCCUCUCUUCCAUGGGCUAUAAGGUUGCAGAUAGCCUUGGGUGCUGCAGAAGGGCUGGCAUACCUCCAUGAGAGGAUGGAAAUUCAGGUCAUAUACCGUGAUUUCAAAGCUUCAAAUGUUCUAUUAGAUGAGGAAUUUAGACCAAAGCUUUCAGAUUUUGGCUUAGCAAGAGAAGGACCAUCAGAUAACCGCACUCAUGUAACUACAGCGGUGAUGGGUACCCACGGUUAUGCUGCUCCAGACUAUGUAGAGACUGGCCAUCUCACAACGAAAAGUGAUGUUUGGAGUUUUGGAGUUGUUCUGUAUGAGAUCCUUACAGGCAGGCGUGCGAUGGAGAGAAAUCGUCCAAGAAAUCAGCAGAAACUAUUGGACUGGGUGAAGCAAUUUCCUUCUCAGAGUGGGAAGUUCAGCAUGAUGAUUGACCCCAGACUUGAGAACAAAUACUCACUUUUGGCUGCUAGAGAAGUUGCUGUGCUGGCUGAUUUGUGCCUGUCAAAGUUUGCUAGAGAACGCCCAAAGAUGAGCGAGGUAGUUGAAAGCUUAAAACAAGCAAUGCAGUACAAGGACUUGGAUGGUCAGGUGGGUGCUGUUGAAGUGACUCCUAGCGUGGACUUAAAUGACAAUACUGAGCAAGAAUCUGGCGUAGCAUCGGCGAGAAGACGAAUGCUUCAUCUGGAAAAUCUGGGGAAGAAUAUUGGUGGGAGAAAAUUUGUGCUAAUGAAGGCUAGAAAUCAAACAUGAGGGCCGGUGUGCUAUAUUAAGUCAUCUACACUGUAGAUACACUUUAGGGGUUAUAGUUUUGAAUAUAUAAUAAGGGAGUAACAUGGAAAUCUUUUAUGUCUUGGUAUCGACUGGAAGAUGAUUGCUAUGCUUGGCUGUGCUGAGGAGAAUGAAAAUAUUUUUGCCAUGGAGGAUUUCUAGGUCGAUAGCUUAGCUUAUCGUGUUUUGGAUGUCAGAUGGAGGUUCUUUUCUACCACUGUAGAUAACGUUGGCUGCAAAAGAAGUUCUGGGUGAAGUAUCGAGGGAUUAGUUUAACAAAGUUCUUUGUGCAACUUUUUUUCCGAAAUUUGAAAGAAUGCAUGAGCUUUGCUUAUUUAAUGAAGGCUGCAAUGGGUUAAUAGUGUGGUUCUUCAAAUGAAGACACUUAUACUUCUAGUGGUUAAGUCACUGCAGGAAAAAUAUGAUUUAGUGAUGCUUUAUUUUUAUUUUGUUAAAAUUGAUAAUGAACAUGAAACGGUACACUUAAUAAACAUCAUCAGAGCAUUGAUAUGA